AUGUCUAGCAGAUCGCUUUGGCAGAGACACAAAAACAAAGUACUGUUUUCAUCGGCUACAGUAGCGUUUCUCUUCAGUACUGGGGCAGUCUCACUGUAUUUGAUCAAAAAAUGGCUAUGGCGACAACAACUAAAAAUUACAGAACAACAAUUCGUCAAAGAGCAAAUCAAGCGAAGGUUCACACAGACUCAACAGGAUGCGCUUUAUACGAUCUACGAACUUGUUCCAGUACUUUCGCUAGUCUUGGCCAAAGACCUGGACGUGGAUGAAAUCGUGGAGUCACUGAAAGGCAAAAAGCUAUCGAGAAGACUCUCUCGUGAAAAUAAGCCUGCAGACCACGAUGGGCUCUCAUCCGGUAUGAGUACUAGCAUUACAGAGGCCCAGAAUACGAACACAGGACGCGCCCACGCUGAGGACGCUAAAACAAAAGCAGAACUGUGGGAUGACUUGAAGCUCAAAUCGCUCACCAAACUGUGUACAGUAAUCUACAGUGUCUCCUCGUUGUUGCUUUUGACACGGCUUCAACUCAAUAUACUGGCAAGAAGAGAAUACCUCGAAACGGCAGUUAAGGUGGCGGUCGAAAAGGAAUCGUCAACCCAGACCUCGCUCACAUCUUGGAUCACCAGCUUCUGGCAAGCUUCUCCAAGACCGCUCCACCGUCCUCAGGACCAGGAACCCGAGAGUCCUAACAUGUCGGAAGAAGCAAGACAAGCGCGGAAGUCUAAUUACAUCAACGAACAGGCAUUCUUAUCGUUUUCAUGGUGGUUAUUGAAUCGCGGGUGGCUUCAAUUCAAAUCUUUGGCCGAAACGCUGAUUUUGCGUGAGUUCGGCCAGUUGAAGCCGCGUGAUACUCUCUCAGUCGAGGAGUUUAGCGAGCGAUUGUCCAAUGUAUUGCAUUCGAUCAAUCAAGAACUCUUCUCGCAGUCUCAAUCAGAAGCCGUUAAGCAGCCUUCACUGCAACAAAUUUUGCUUCCGGAUCUCAAUCUCGAGCAGUUCGUGCUUCAGCAAACUUUGGAUUCUGACGCUUUAAAGCUGCUGUACGAAGACAGUACUGUUUUGCGUCAAUUGCUGAACGAAACUAGCAAAUGCGCUCAGUCCACGGCGUCUCUAAUUGUACUGGAAAGCCUGGUAAACGAUGCUUUCCAAUUUACCAUGUUGCAAGUUGAGGAAAGCGUCUCUAAAAAAAGUAAACGUAAGACUCCUAAGGAAAUUGACGAUACUUCAUCAUCGGCUGGUGCCACCCAAGCAGAAGACUCCAAGUUCCAAAUGGCGUUAUUCUCAGUAACAUGUAAAAAUUGUUGCGAUGAAAUGCUUAAGAGCGGAGUAGUGUCGAUGAAUAACAUGUUUUUGCAGAGACUAGAUUCCAUUCCCGAACUUGACGAUCUUAGCGCAAGUGUUUACAGUAAUUUCGGGUUCUAA